UUUUCAUUCUCUACAUUUCUACUAGCUUCUUUCACUUUCAGAGUUAAGAGAAACAAGUGAUUUGGUUUGAGAAGUCAUGGCGAAAGAGCAAAUUCAGGUGCUAAAUGCACUUGAUGUGGCGAAAACACAAUGGUACCAUUUCACUGCCAUCAUCGUUGCUGGAAUGGGCUUCUUCACCGAUGCAUAUGAUCUAUUCUGCGUAUCCCUUGUUACAAAGUUGCUAGGUCGCAUAUACUACCAUGUUGACGGUGCAGCAAAGCCCGGUUCAUUGCCUCCAAAUGUAUCAGCUGCGGUAAAUGGUGUAGCUUUUUGUGGAACACUUUUAGGCCAGCUUUUCUUUGGCUGGCUUGGUGAUAAAUUGGGAAGGAAAAAGGUCUAUGGCAUGACUUUGUUGACUAUGGUAAUAUGCUCCAUUGGUUCCGGCCUUUCUUUUGGACAUACUCCAAAAUCUGUGAUGGCAACUCUUUGCUUCUUCAGGUUCUGGCUUGGUUUUGGUAUUGGUGGAGACUACCCACUUUCUGCUACCAUAAUGUCAGAGUAUUCUAACAAGAAAACUCGCGGUGCCUUCAUAGCUGCAGUCUUUGCCAUGCAGGGUUUUGGAAUUUUGGCAGGUGGUAUAUUUGCAAUAAUAAUUUCAGCAGCGUUCAAGACCAAGUUUGAUGCGAAACCUUAUGAGGAAGAUCCAGUUGGUUCAACUGUUCCACAAGCAGACUUCAUUUGGAGGAUAAUUGUGAUGGUGGGAGCAAUCCCAGCUGCAUUGACUUUCUAUUCUCGGAUGAAGAUGCCAGAAACUGCUCGUUAUACUGCUCUAGUGGCUAAGAAUACAGAACAGGCAGCAAAAGAUAUGUCAAAGGUUCUGCAGGUUGAGAUUCAAGCUGAACCACAGAAAGAUGAGGGGGCACGGGCUAAACCAUAUGGUUUGUUUUCUAAGGAGUUCCUCAGACGCCAUGGACUACAUCUACUUGGGACAACAAGCACAUGGUUCUUGCUUGAUAUUGCAUUUUAUAGCCAAAAUCUCUUCCAGAAAGAUAUCUUCAGUGCAAUUGGUUGGAUACCUCCUGCAAAAACCAUGAAUGCUAUUGAGGAGAUUUAUAUGAUUGCAAGGGCCCAAACACUUAUUGCUCUGUGCAGUACAGUUCCGGGAUAUUGGUUCACAGUUGCUUUUAUUGACAGGAUUGGAAGAUUUACUAUCCAAUUGAUGGGAUUCUUCUUUAUGACCGUCUUCAUGUUUGCUCUUGCCUUUCCUUAUGAUCACUGGACUCAUAAGGAAAACCGAAUAGGAUUUGUGGUGAUGUACUCCUUGACCUUUUUCUUUGCAAAUUUUGGGCCUAAUGCUACCACAUUUGUUGUGCCAGCAGAGAUUUUCCCUGCUAGAUUCAGAUCUACUUGCCAUGGAAUAUCAUCUGCAUGUGGGAAGCUUGGGGCUAUAGUUGGUGCUUUUGGGUUCUUGUAUUUGGCACAGAACAAGGACAAGAGCAAAGCAGAUGCAGGGUACCCAGCAGGUAUUGGUGUGAAGAAUUCACUGAUUGUCUUGGGUGUGAUGAACAUUUUAGGCUUCUUCUUUACUUUCUUGGUGCCUGAGGCAAAAGGAAAAUCUUUGGAGGAGAUGUCAGGUGAGAAUGAAGAAAAUGAUAUUAAUGAAGAAGCAGGGCAAUCACGUUCUUACACCAACAGAACUGUUCCAUAUGCUUAAAUUAAGUUCAUCUGUAGUGUUGUUAUAAUAAAGCCAUGCCUUCAAUUAGGCUAGGGUAGCACAAAAACCUUUCCCUUCCGCUUUUUCUGUUAAGUUUUGUUCGGACACUAUGUAGCAGGAAAUUUGGAGCUGUUAGUUCUACGAAUAUUGGCAAGAAUAUUAGUUACA